AUGCGCAGGAAAAGCUGCGCGAAAGCAUGUCGUCAGGAUCUCAACAAGGGAUCCCAAGAUCGGUCUCUGAUUCUAAUUGAUCCUGAUGGUCGAGUGGGCAAAAAUGGACGUAUACGAACUGGGGAUAUGCUUGUUGCGGUCGACGGAGAUUCUGCCAAUGGGUUAACCCUUCUGAAAGCUAGUGCUCUUCUUUGCGAGCUUCGAACUCGCCCCGCGCCCACGUUGACGAUUGAUCGAACGAUUGAAUCGUUUCAUGAGGCCGAAGCGAAUGUGAUCUCCCAAAAGAAGAUGGCGCACUCUGUCCUCCAACAAGCCAAUAUCAACACUGCCAAUGAUAUCAAGGAGUACUCGUUCGACAUGCCGCCGUUGAAUGAUACUGGUUCUGCCAGGCCGGAUGGGACGAACGACGCGUGCGACGCAAGCGAAUCUGCGGCCGUCAAAUGCUGCCCUUCGCAGAUGCCUUCGCAGCGCCACGAGGAGGACGACGGAAAAGAAAAAAUUAAAGCU